AUGUCUCCAAUCAGCGAGAAGUCUCCAAAGUUCGUGAACUAUAUGGAGAAUGUCCCAGCGCCAUAUCACCAUGCACAGAUGGCAUAUAGCAGAGAUGGUCUAUCCUGUGCAAUGAUAGCCUGGAUGAUAGACAUCGACACGCGAGCAACAACAAAGAAGCGCGAAUUCCAACGCACAUUUCAAAAGCUUUGCCUAUAUAUCAAACACCUGGAGGGGAUCAUGAAUACCAACAAGAUCAGACACACUCCAUAUACCGCCGAUGAAGCCGUCCGAAACAUCAACCGUGCCAGACAAAACUUCGGAUCUCUGGUCGAAGCCAAGUUUAUGGACAAUGCGCCCUUUCCUAUCACCGCGCCUAUUGAUAACGAGACCGAGCUGAACAAUACCGUUUCCGAUGCGCAGACGCUUUGA